UCAUUCAUCUACCCGAACUACCGCAAACAUGCAGGAAUGGGCUAGUCAGUUAUGCGAGAACAGACAGUUUGGAUCCAAGAUGACAGACUCCAAGUACUUCACUACUACCAAGAAAGGGGAGAUUUUUGAACUCAAGGCGGAGCUGAACAGUGACAAAAAAGAGAAGAAGAAGGAGGCUGUCAAAAAGGUCAUUGCAUCAAUGACAGUGGGGAAGGAUGUCAGUGCUCUGUUUCCAGAUGUGGUGAACUGCAUGCAGACCGACAACCUGGAACUGAAAAAGCUGGUCUACCUCUAUCUUAUGAACUAUGCCAAAAGUCAACCAGACAUGGCUAUCAUGGCUGUUAACACCUUUGUGAAGGACUGUGAAGACCCCAACCCUCUCAUCCGAGCCCUCGCCGUUCGCACCAUGGGCUGUAUUCGUGUGGACAAGAUCACCGAGUACCUCUGUGAGCCUCUGAGAAAAUGUCUGAAGGACGAAGACCCCUACGUGAGGAAGACGGCUGCGGUGUGUGUUGCAAAGCUGCACGAUAUCAAUGCCCAGUUAGUGGAGGACCAAGGCUUCUUGGACACUCUCAAGGAUCUAAUUUCAGACUCCAACCCCAUGGUCGUUGCAAAUGCCGUGGCAGCGCUGUCUGAAAUUGCAGAAUCACAUCCCAACAGCAAUCUCCUGGACCUGAACCCUCAGACCAUAAACAAGUUGCUGACAGCUCUUAAUGAAUGCACAGAGUGGGGGCAGAUAUUUAUUCUUGACUGUCUAGCUAAUUACACACCUCGGGAUGAUCGAGAGUCCCAAAGCAUCUGUGAGCGCGUCACCCCGAGGCUCUCUCAUGCCAACUCGGCGGUGGUGUUGUCAGCAGUUAAAGUUUUAAUGAAGUUCAUGGAAAUGCUCCCUAAAGACCUGGACUAUUAUGGCACUCUGCUGAAGAAGCUUGCCCCUCCUCUGGUAACGCUGCUCUCUGCUGAGCCUGAGCUGCAGUAUGUUGCUCUCAGAAACAUCAACCUCAUUGUGCAGAGAAGACCGGAAAUCCUGAAACAUGAAAUGAAGGUUUUCUUUGUCAAGUACAACGACCCAAUCUAUGUCAAACUGGAGAAGCUGGACAUAAUGAUUCGUCUUGCAUCUCAGGCCAACAUUGCCCAGGUGCUGGCUGAGCUAAAGGAGUAUGCAACUGAGGUGGAUGUGGACUUUGUGCGUAAAGCGGUCAGGGCCAUUGGCCGCUGUGCCAUCAAAGUGGAGCAAUCAGCAGAGCGCUGCGUCAGCACACUGCUGGAUCUCAUACAGACCAAGGUCAAUUAUGUGGUGCAGGAGGCCAUAGUUGUCAUCAAGGACAUCUUCCGCAAAUACCCCAACAAGUAUGAGAGUGUGAUUGCCACUCUGUGCGAGAACCUUGAUUCCUUGGAUGAGCCGGAGGCGCGUGCUGCCAUGAUCUGGAUUGUGGGAGAGUACGCUGAGCGCAUUGACAACGCUGAUGAGCUGCUCGAAAGCUUUUUGGAGGGUUUCCAUGAUGAAAGCACUCAGGUGCAGCUGCAGCUCCUGACUGCAAUAGUCAAGCUGUUCCUGAAGAAACCAACAGAGACCCAGGAGUUGGUGCAGCAGGUCCUCAGCCUGGCCACACAGGACUCUGAUAAUCCAGACCUCAGGGACAGAGGCUACAUCUACUGGCGUCUGCUCUCCACGGACCCUGUGGCUGCCAAGGAGGUGGUUCUGGCUGAGAAGCCUCUGAUCUCAGAGGAGACGGAUCUGAUUGAGCCGACCUUGCUGGAGGAGCUAAUCUGCCACAUUGGGACUCUGGCUUCUGUCUACCACAAGCCUCCCAGUGCCUUUGUGGAGGGCAGCCGCGGGGUUCAGCACAAGAGACUCCCAGGCAGUGCUGGAUCUGGAGAGAGCGUUGAGAGCCCAGACACUGGCUCUGCAGCUGGAGUUUCUGAUGCACCGCCUGCGGUCAUACCGUCACAGGGUGACCUCCUGGGUGACCUCCUCAAUCUUGAUCUGACACCCCCUGCCACCACUGGACCCCCACCCCCAGCCACUUCUGGCAUGCAGCUGGGCGCCAUGGACCUCCUUGGGGGGGGACUGGACAGCCUGAUGGGGGAUGAGUCUGAGCCGCCGCCCAUUCCUCUGCGGACGGACACUCCUCAGUCACCUCAGAUCCCGCAUCAGUCCCCGUCGCCCCCAGAUUACAGCCCCACUGAGCUUGGAGGAGACCUUGGAGGAAGUUCAGCUAUGGGGGCUGGUUUUGGUGCUCCUCCAGCUGCGCCAGCAGCCUCAUUCAGCGCUCCUGUUAGCGGCGGACUGGAUGACCUGUUUGAUCUUGGAGGUGGCGUCGGUAUGCCCAUGGGAGCCUACAGCCCACCAAAAACAGUUUGGCUGCCAGCCAUGAAGGGCAAGGGGCUUGAAAUAUCUGGCACUUUUGCCCGCCGUGCCGGUGUCAUCCAAAUGGAGAUGACUCUCACUAAUAAAGCAAUGAGUGUCAUGACUGACUUUGCCAUUCAGUUUAACAGGAACAGCUUUGGUCUUGCUCCAGCUGGUCCUCUCCAGGUUCUGACCCCCCUCAGCCCCAACCAGAGCAUCGAAGUGACCCUUCCACUCAAUACGGUUGGACCUGUUAUGAAGAUGGAUCCACUCAACAAUCUGCAGGUGGCUGUUAAGAACAACAUUGACGUGUUUUACUUCAGCUGCCAGUACCCCAUCAGCAUGCUGUUUGUAGAAGAUGGGAAGAUGGAGAGACAAGUUUUCCUCGCCACAUGGAAAGACAUUUCUAAUGACAACGAGGCCCAGUUUCAGAUCAAAGACUGCCAUCUCAGCUCGGAUGCAGUCUCCAACAAACUUCAGGGUAGCAACAUCUUCACCAUCGCUAAGCGCACCGUGGACGGCCAGGACAUGCUGUACCAGUCCACCAAGCUCAGCAACGGCAUCUGGGUUCUGGCUGAGCUCAGGGUUCAGACAGGAAACCCGACUUUCACAGUGUGUCUGAAGUGCAGAGCUCCAGAGGUUUCUCAGUGCGUCUUCCAGAGCUACGACGCCGUGCUGAAGAACUGAGCGAACAUCCGACCGUCCGCUGCGCUGCACCGACCUUCUGGCACCUUCUUCUGCUCUUUCUCAGCGACGCGUCGACCAGGUUGCAGCCUGGUGCAGCGCAGAAACGCCGUCCUGCAGUCAUGUUGUCCUUUCAGUAGAUGACCUAGCCGUCGGUUGUAACCUAUUAGAGCAGCACUAUUAGUUCCCGAAAAGACGGCACCGAUUUCAGGCUUUCUAUCUUUUAAUUAUGUUUAGUUCAGGAUUUUCGUCUUGAGCUAAAUUAUUCGAACAUCUUCAGUUUUUCUUGCCUUUCCCUCAUAAUGACCCAUAUUCAUUAAGGGCCAGACGGCGGACCGACGUCUGUCCUUGUGACUUUCUCUGCAUGAGGCUCUACAAUCAUUUUCUAGCCCCGCUUCUCUGCAAACUUCAGUCUAUUUUUAGCACCCGCAAUCAGCAGGUGAGCCAUCAGCUUCAGUAUAUUUAUUUAGGGGUGCAUUUAAGUUGAGGCGCAGUAGAAAGAGGCCUGUGACUGAUGGACACAUAAUUACUUAAACUACACUAUAGUGAUUUUUAUAAAGUUUUCUUUAGUAUCUUUACAGAGCGGUGGAUCUGGAUCUACUACUGUUUUUGAAAGCAGAAUGUCUGUCCGACGUAUGCAUGGAAAUCUGUCGGGGUUUUUUUUUUUUUACAUCAAUAUCUCGACAUUUAGAGACUAGCAGCGUGUGUCAGCUCACUGCUCUCGUGCUUAGUCAUUCCAUGGUUUAAUUUGUGUUUUGUAUUCUCCCUGUUAGUGUUCAUGCAGCAGGCUGGAAGAGAGCCUCAGGGUGCAAGGUUUCUUUCUUUUUUUUUAAUAUGUCCUGUCGGUUCCUGCGUCAGCGACGGCCUCUCGGGCUCUCUGCCACUCUGCUCUCGCUUCCUCUGAAACCUCGCUGCAGCUCUCCACCGGAGAUGAAGGCCCAGGUGACACAAACUAAUGUCAUUUGUUACAGAUAAAAGCAUACGUCUCGUAGCACACUGUCUCACCUGAAGGAGGGCUAAUUGGAUUUGUUUUCCAAGUCGUCACUCUGAAGCCCUUUGUCUCUUCGGCAUGAAUGCACCUACUCUCACUACUUCAUGAAAAUAGAGGCUGUGCAUUCUGUGUGCGUCCCUUUUGUGUGUGUUGACGGAUGAUUCAUAUGACAUAUGCUGUGUUAAUUAAUCAGAUGUUUAAUCAGAGGUUCUUGAUUUACUUGAUUUUGUCGUAUGUGUGUACGUUGUUUGGAGAAAAACAAUUAAAGUCCCCUGACGAAUCCA